AUGGCGUUCCUCCACACGAAUCGCUUCCAUUGGCUCUGCUUCGUCCUCUGGCAAUUUGCGCUCUUCUUUUGCUGUCAACAAAUUUUUUCGGUAGGCUCGAUUUAGCCGAAAUUUGAAAGUUUUUGUAUAAUUCAGAUCUUCUACAACUUUACACCCUCGCUAGACUGUGCGGACCCCGAUUUUCAGUUCUCCAAGCCAAAGUGUAAACUUUCAAAGUGAGUGAGAACUUUUUGAGCCCAUACUUUGUACCUUUGCAGAUAAGACUACACACUGAAACUUUUUAGCAUAGUUGCCACGGGCCGGGCCGGGCCGAAAUUUCCAAAACUCCGGCCCGGCCCGGCCCGUCGGCCCGGUUCAAAAAGCGGGAAUUCAAAAUUUGAAUUAUUGAUCGCAUGAAGCCAUUUUUUGUAGAAUUAGGGGUUUUUUGCAAGCAUCAAACAUUGAAAAACAAAUGUAUUUCUCAUAAAAAUUCAUAAUAGCAAAAAAACAAAGAAGAAACACUAAAACUUUAGUUCGAAAAUUUUUUUUGUAAUAACGAAAAAAAAAUUUCCGCGAAAAUUUGAAUUCCCGCCUUUUGAACCGGGCCGACCGGGCCGGGCCGGGCCGGCACUUCACCGACCCGGCCCGGCCCAGCCCGCGUGGCCGGCCCGAAAUCUGGCAAGUCUGCUUUUUAGUGCCAUCUAGUGGUGUUAGGCUCAAAUACUAGGUUAUCAGCUAAAUAUAGAAUUUUUAUGCGUACAAAUGUUCAGUACACUUUCCUGGAGCCCACCUUUCAACCCCAUUUACAGAGUAGAAAUAUGCUCUGAGCUUACGGCCAACUGCUCCGAGAUCCACGUCGAGUCGGCGCCGUUUCACUCGAUGGUCGCCGACUUUCGAAUGUUCUGCGGCGCGAAAGCGUACGACGCCGCGUGGGUGGCCACUAUUCAGUUUGUCGGCGUGCUCGUCGGAGCCAUCACUUACGGCCAUCUCGGAGAUCAUUUCGGCCGCCGACCCGUCUCGUUUUUCGGCAUUUCUGUCGGCAUCGUCUUUGGAGUCGCGUCAGGUGAGCGAAUUGGACGUUAGCCUAGAAGGGGGGCCUAAACAAAAAAGUGCAAAGCAACCAAAAAAACUCAACGGAAGAACACGGAAGAAUUUUUAUCUUUUUUAGAAAAUUUUUUCAUGAAAUGUGAUCAACUGACGAAAUGCAUAGAAAAAUGAACGCUGCUCAUAGAAAAAUAAUUGUAAAUUUAGCUUUUCAUACAAAAAAGUUAUUCGAGCUGUUCCGUGAAAACGGGCUAACUCGGAAGACGGAAGGAAUAAUUUUUUUGUAUGAAAAGCUAAAUUUACAAUUAUUUUUCUAUGAGCAGAGUUCAGUUUGCUUCACAUUUCGUCAGUUGAUCACAUUCCAUGAAAAAAUUUUCUAAAAAACAUAAAAAUUCUUCCGUGUUCACCAUGCCGAAAGAAUACUUUUGACGCGCUGCGAUAAAUUGAACACACCGAACAAAUAGUAGAGAAUGUCAAUAGUUUGCCGGCAAACCGGUGCGCGAUCAGGUGGCCGAGUGGUUAAGGCGAUGGACUGCUAAUCCAUUGGGGUUUCCCCGCGUGAGUUCGAAUCUCAUCCUGAUCGAAUCUCUUUUCCACUGUCAGGAUUCGCGCCCUCCUGGCAGUUGUUCGCCGCGUUUCGCUUCAUCGUCGGCACUUCCAUCGCCUCGAUUCUCAUCGUUUUCUACGCCUACAUUCUCGAAUUCAUCGAACCGGAGCAACGAGUCUUUUUGCGAUCAUUUUUCAAUUGGGUGAGCGAGUGAUAAACUCGUAAAAAACUUGAAAAACACUAGUUAAGGGCUACGCUCGUCUCGUCUUCACCUUCGUCUGCUGGUUGUGCGGAUAUUGGCGGUCCGCCGCAAUUGCCACGUCACUACUCUCUUUGCCAAUCCUCCCGGUCCUCCUAAUUCUUCCCGAGUCCCCCAAAUGGUUCAACACGAAGAAACGGUUCCGAGAGGCGAAAGCUGCCGAGAAAAGAGUCGCGUGGCUCUCUGGAAUUGAAGAAAUUGAAGCGGAUAGUAAUACAAAACUGGAAAUUGAGAUGGAAGUCAAGGACACGAAGAUUUACACAAUGCGCGACCUCUUCACAUCGUGGCCCAUCGCCUAUAGGACCAUGGUCGUCGGAUCGCUCUGGUUUUCCACUAGGUCCCGUUCAUGCCGCGUCCAAAGUCUCGGAAAACCCGCAAAUCUCGCGGACUUUGCACUCCAAAGUCGGCAGACAUUUGCGGGAAAUCCGGGGUGCGCACAGCUGAACGAGUGUUACCGUACACCAUAAAACUACGGUAUUUUUUUGAAAAUUUACCCAAGAAAUUUGAAAUAUUGCAAAUAUUCUUGAGAAAUUUGAAUUUCUUCAAAAAAAUACCGUUGAAAAAUUUGAAAAAAAUUACAAAUAUUCUCGAGAAAUUUAAAUUUUUUUGAAAAAAAAUACCGUUGAAAAAUUUACCCAAGAAAUUUGAAAAAAAUUACAAAUAUUCUCGAGAAAUUUAAUUUUUCAAAAAAAUACCGUUGAAAAAUUUACCCAAGAAAAAUUUAAAAAUUGCAAAUAUUCUUGAGAAAUUUAAUUUUUCAAAAAAAAUACCGUUGAAAAAUUUACCCAAGAAAUUUGAAAAAAAUUGCAAAUAUUCUCGAGAAAUUUGAAUUUCUUCAAAAAAAUACCGUUGAAAAAUUUAUUCAAGAAAUUUGAAAAAAAUUGCAAAUAUUCUUGAGAAAUUUAAUUUUUUCAAAAAAAAUACCGUUGAAAAAUGUACCCAAGAAAUUUGAAAAAAAUUGCAAAUAUUCUUGAGAAAUUUAAAAUUUUUUUCAAAAAAAUACCGUUGAAAAUUUAUCCAAGAAAUUUGAAAAAAAUUGUAAAUAUUCUCGAUAAAUUUAAAUUUUUUUCAAAAAAAUACCGUUGAAAAUUUAUCCAAGACAUUUGAAAAAAAUUGCAAAUAUUCUCAAGAAAUUUAAAUUUUUUUCAAAAAAAUUACCGUUGAAAAAUUUACCCAAGAAAUUUGAAAAAAAUUGCAAAUAUUCUUGAGAAAUUUAAUAAAAAUUACCGUUGAAAAAUUUACCCAAGAAAUUUGAAAUAUUGCAAAUAUUCUCGAGAAAUUUAAAAAUUUUUUUCAAAAAAAUACCGUAGAGUUUCAUGGUGUACGGUAACACUCGUUCAGCUGUGCGCACCCCGGAUUUCCCGCAAAUUUCUGCCGACUUUGGACGGCAAAAUCCGCGAGAUUUGCGGGUUUUCCGAGACUUUGGACGCGGCAUUAUUAGACUUUUGAUUUCUCAACUUUUCAACUCUACAUUCACAGUUUAUCCGCAUUUGGCUCCGACUUGAACUCGGGCAAUCUUGCCGGCAACUUUUAUCUGAGUCAAUUCGUCUCAGGCGCCGUCACUGCUUUCGCAAAGAUUGUAAGUGCACGUUGACCUCAAUUUUCAUACAAUUCCCCCCUCAAUUUUCAGUUUGUCUUCCUCCUCGACACGUAUGUUCCCUCGUUCGACCGUCGACGUCUCCACCAAGUGCCUCAAAUCGCCAUGAUCGUAUGCUACGCCGCUAUUAUGGUCCUCAUGAUACUGCCCGAAUCAGACUGUUCCCGACAAGGAUCCAGGGAUUUGGCUAGUCAGUUUUUCCAUGAAAAACCACCUCCAAAACCCAUAUUAAUUUCAGUUGUAAUUGUCAACAUCAUCGGCGUCUCUUUCAUCGAAAUCACCUGGGACGCGUGCUAUCUCGUCGCCGUCGAGUGCUUCCCCACGAGAAUCAGGACCAUUGGUAAGUAGAAGAGUUGAGCGCGGAAGAACACGGAAGCAUUUUUUAUCUUUUUUAGAAAAUUUUUUCAUGAAAUGUGAUCAACUGACGAAAUGUACAGAAAAGUGAACUGUGCUCAUCGAAAAAUAAUUGUAAAUUUAGCUUUUCAUACAAAACAGUUAUUCGAGUUGUUGCGUGAAAAAAGGGGGCUAACGGAACAACUCGAAUAACUUUUUUGAGUGAAAAGUUAAAGGACCAGGGAACCCAAAAAUUUUUGGAUUUUUUUGUGAAAUUUUUUAGUGUCUGUUUGAAUUGUCUCUUAUUGCCUCAUACACUGGUGAAAUGCUGCCUCUCAAAAAUGCCAAUGAACGAAACGGCGUGCAGUUGAAGUUGUGGCCGUGGCCUAGCGCCAAUGGCCUAGAAAUAUGCGCUUCUCGGCCAUUUAAUUUUUUACGCUUUUUUACCGGUUUUUUCGCGAUAAAAUCGAAAAACUCGCGACUUCGUAUCGACUGAAUGAAAACAAUUUUUUAGCAGUGAAAAAAUAAAUAAGUGCCGAACAAAUGUCAAUCAACUGAAAAAUGGGAGAAACCGUGAAAUUUUUGGAAAAAAACCGGUAAAAAAGCGGAAAAAAUAAAAUGGCCGAGAAGCGCAUAUUUCUAGGCCAUUGGCGCUAGGCCACGGCCACAACUUCAACUGCACGCCGUUUCGUUCGUUGGCAUUUUUGAGAGGCAGCAUUUCACCAGUGUAUGAGUGGCAAUAAGAGACAAUUCAAACAGACACAAAAAAAUUUCACAAAAAAAUCCAAAAAUUUUUGGAUUCCCUGGUCCUUUAAAUUUACAAUUAUUUUUCUAUGAGCACAGUUCACUUUGCUAUACAUCAGAGUUGCCACGGGCCGGGCCGGGCCAAAAUUUUCAAAACUCCGGCCCGGCCCGGCCCGGUUCAAAAAGCGGGAAUCCAAAUUUUGAACUAUUGAUUAAAUAAAAUGUUUGUUUUUCGUAGAACUAACGAUUUUUGCAAGUAUCGAGCAUAAAAAAGAAAUGUAGUUCUCAAAAUUAGUUUUUAAUAAAAACGUUUUAUUGGCAUCAAAGCAAAAGUAACAAUUAAAAAAGAAGAAAAUAAUAACGAUUUUUAUUGAGCACUAGUAGAAUUUUCCGUAGUGUCGUAGUUUUUUUUUGAAAUUUUAAUCCCCGCAAAAAAAAACGAAAAAAUAGAUUUCCCACAAAAAUUUGAAUUCGCGCCUUUUGAGCCGGGCCGGGCCAGCAAAUUUUCGGCCCGGCCCGGCUAAUUUGGCAAGUCUGGUAAGUAGUGCACCUGUACAUCUUCUCUUUCCCAAAAAAUCCGUGCAGGCAUCGGCACGUGUUCGCUGCUGGCCCGAACUGGCGCCCUGUUGGCUCCCCAAAUGGCCUACCUCUCGGACAUUUACAAGCCGGCUCCGUACGCAGUCGUCUGCUCGAUCGGCAUCAUUUCACUGCUCAUCUCGUGCGUUUUCCUGCCCGACACGAAAGGAGUCGAUCUGGGAGCGAUGGAACCGACGGACGAGCUCGACUGGAAUCGCAAGAAGAGCGUCACCGAGAAUAUCGUCAUUCAACGGAGGAUGACGGCAGUUACGGGGAUUGCGGAGAGUGCAUAG